GUGUGUUAAAAAGAGAAUCUGUCUCUGUCCUCUGCUUGUGUGUGUGUGUGUGUGUGUUUGUGUGUGGUCUCUGGUGAUUAGUGACUGGUCUAACGAUGCAAUCUCACGUGCAACUCCCUGUAGCCAUGGUAGGGUUUUGAUUAAACUUCUUUAAAAGUCUCAUGGCUUUCUCUUCUUGAAGGGGAAGAUAAAAAAGGUGACUUUGCUCGGCCUUUUGGCAUUUCUAGUACUUGGGCUUUUGCUAUAUCUUCCUUUGGGUUUCUUUGAAGGAAAUACUCUCCAAUUCUUCAUAAUCAACUGGUCAUCAGGCCUUGAGCUGCUAGGGCUAGCUGCCAACCCACCCUUCUCCUCCCACCUUUCAACUCCCAAAGCACAACUCUGCAGUCCCUUCUUUUACUCUACCUCGUGGAUCUUUCACUAUUUAUGCCUCUAAUAAUCAAGGGAUAGAGAUCUCAAGGGAGACAUAACUUUAUAUUUAGUCAUGGCACUUGAAGCAGUAGUGUAUCCACAGGACCCCUUUAGUUAUGGCUACAAGGAUUGCUUUUCCUUUCCAUUUGGAGGAGCAUGGGGCUAUGAUUUUGAUUUACAAGAAGAAGAUAAAGUUUUUCUUGGGAUUCCUGCAGAACACAGCAGCAAUAAUAUAGAGCAACGACAUGGUCUCCGUUCAAAUUUGGAUUCCUCAUCGCCUUCCAUGAUUCAACAUGCAAAAGAUCAUUGGGAUCCUAAUUCUUCACCUGAGACUUGCGCUGUCGAUCAAUCUUUCCCUCCUCCUCCUCCUGGAGUAUUCCAUCCACUGGUACCACCUCCUACCACUGCUGGCCGGCGAAAGCGACGACGCACUAAGAGCACCAAGAAUAAGGAGGAAAUAGAGAACCAGAGGAUGACUCACAUUGCUGUUGAACGUAACCGGAGGAAGCAGAUGAAUGAGUAUCUUGCUGUGCUGAGGUCUCUGAUGCCUCCUUCCUAUGUUCAGAGGGGUGACCAAGCAUCCAUAAUAGGAGGUGCUAUUAACUUUGUGAAGGAGCUAGAGCAGCACUUGCAGACCAUGGAGGCCCACAAAAAGACCAAGCAGCAACCAGCUGCCGAUGAUGUCAGUGGCUUCUCUUCAUCACCAUUUGCUGACUUCUUCACCUUCCCACAGUACUCAUCGACACGAACUCUGCCUGCGGGUGAAGAAUCAGUAGCUGAUCAAAGUCAGUGGUCUGUGGCAGACAUAGAAGUGACCAUGGUGGAGAGCCAUGCCAAUCUUAAAAUACUUUCAAAGAAAAGACCCAAACAGCUCUUGAAGAUGGUGGCAGGUUUACAAGCCUUAAGGUUCAGUGUUCUCCACCUCAAUGUCUCUACUGUUGAUCAGUUGGUUCUUUAUUCAGUUAGCGUUAAGGUUGAGGAAGGAAGUCAUCUGAAUACAGUGGAUGAGAUUGCAGCUGCUGUUAAUCAAAUGUUACAGAGGAUUCAUGAAGAAGAUGCAGGUUUCAGCUAAAAAUCAAAACUACUGUAACCCUAAUUGGGAUUUUCUUCUGUAAUUGAGGUUGUUAAUAACCUCUGAUAAUGGAUUUCAGUUUUCUUUCUUGCUUUAA